CCCCCCAGUGCUCUUGAGAGCGAUUACUUGGAGGAGAGUUUUUAGUCCGGCGCGUCGCGAGCCUCUUGAGCGUUCUGGAACCCCGAUGCACCGGGACGUUCUAGAACUCCGUCAGUUUCGGACGUUCUGUCGCAGAACCCGCACGGAGAAGGAGGACAGUUCAUCUCCCUGUGACGCUUGACGCACCCGGGAGGAGAGGUGGGGUCCGCCUGCCCGCUCUUGCCUCUGCACUUUAUUCCUCCCUCUCUCUUACUUAAGAAUUUGCACCACCUCCCUCCCCCCCCCCUCUCAAGAAUUGCUUUUUAAAGCUCUUCCCAACUUUGGAGGAAAGGGUAGCAGACAGCGAUCGCGCACUUUAUUCUGGUGUGCGCUCCCCGCGCGGCUCCCCGGCGCUACACGGCACCAUGAUCGUCGCAGACUCCGAGAGUUGCGACGCCCCCGGAGUCCAAGGCUAUUUACCCUGCAAGAGCCUCGGAACUUUGAGGAGUAAAGAGAUCUAACACUCAUAUGGAGUUGGAGGCUGCAGGGCCACCAGAUGAUCAAGUUCAGGGCUCAGAACUGACUGCAGAAAAUAGGGAGACGAUUGUGUCUGAGGCUGUUGGACAGGAGCACCCAGAGGAACGUCCCAGACCACCAGGGCCUAUAGCAGUGGUGGUGAACCUUUUAGAGACCGAGUGCCCAAACUGCAACCCAAAACCCACUUAUUUAUCGCAAAGUGCCAACGCGGCAAUUUAACCUGUAUAUCUCAUUUUUUCUGUGUGUUUCACGUUUCUUCUUUAUGACUGCUGUUGUAAUAAAUAAAUUUUCAUAAAAGUUAUUGCAUUACAUUCUUCGUUAAAUUAUCUUUCCAUUGAUAUAAAAUUUUAUGGUAUAACUCUGUGCUUUUUCUCCUUAGAAAAAUGUUUAGGGCAUAGCUGUCAAGUUUUCCCUCUUCUCACGAGGAAGCCUAUUCAGCAUGAGGGAAUUUCCCUUAAAAAAAAACAAACGGAGAACUAGACAGCUAUGGUUUAGAAGUACUGUACUCUCAUUUUGACUCAAUAAAAUCACCACCAGGGAAGAAUAAAUACAGUUCAAUUCAGGAGGGGAGGAAUACAGUGAAUUUCUUCUCCCGUUAAAUUCACAAAAUGUUUAGGGGUAUGCGUCCUCCUGCGUCCCCACAGAAAAAAAAGCACUGGUGUUACUCCGAAGCAAAUACAUUUUUUCCAGAAGGUUCCACAAUUUUGGCCACUAGUGUACACUGGAGGGCUGUACUAAGAGCCACCCUCUCCCAAUUUUUAAUAUGAGAUAAUAAUGAUUGCCUGCGGGCACACAUACAAAUAUAAAUAAAUAAAUAAAUAAACCCAGCCAGGUGGGCGGGAUUUGCUGUUUCUUCAGCUGCCAUUUGAUCGCAGCCUCCACGGAAUGAAUUUCUCUGUUGGCUUCUGCGGGAAAGCCCAGCAAACAUGUAAACCCAGCAGCCCCUUCUUAGGUCGCCAUCUUUAUACUGUAUGCUUACUGACCUGGGAGUUAAGCCCUGCUGAACUCAAGGCGGCUUACUCCCGAGUAGGAAAAACAGACUGGCGGGAGGCCCUGGCGCAUCAAAAGUCAAUGCCUACUCAGCUCUCAAUGCUCGCCAGGCCCUGGUGCCACAGGCUUUGGACGGCGUGCGCAAACCUCCUCCUCCCCCACCCCUACCCCCGGCAUGGAAGCUAUGGCGCUGCUGGGGCAACGGUGCGCGUGCCCACAGAGAGAGCUCUGUUGUUGCUGUUUUUUAAAGUAUUUGUUUUUAAAAUUGAACAUACAACAAACAUACAUUUAACAUUUUUACAAGAUUUGAAAAGAAAAGAAAAUUAAAAAACAACAAAAGAAAAAAUAGUAAAGCAAAAAAAAGUACAUAGGUAAAGUAUAAAAAACAUCUACGUUGACACAGCUUUUCGAUCUCCAUAGAUAUACAUUCUGUACCUUUAUGCUAUUAAAUUCCAGUUAUUCUCUCUGUAACCUAUAUAUUUACAUUACUUUAUCGCUCAGUUACAUAUUUCUGCUUGUUAAUUUUACCGUAUUCCAUUUACAUUUUUUUAUAUCAUUAAUUUGAAACCAGAUUCAGCUUUGGUCUGCCAUUAGGAUGCCAGAUAAACCAUUACUCAUUAAGUACUCUUUGAACAUCCUCCAUUCCUUAUGUUUUUUGCUAUUCUGUAACACGUUGAUUAGCUGAAUAAAGGUAUUGCCCAAAUGUGGAUUUUGGAAUAGAGCCUCUCUCUUCUGGAAAGUAAACUCACGACGCUGUUGUCAUGUGUACAGUCGUCUGAGGAUUGAGCUCUGGGGGUGGGGAGAUGGGCCAGUUUCAGGCAGAACAGAGGGCUGAACGACCUGAUGUCUGUGACAUCACAAAGUGGCUUUUCGCUGGAACAGUUUUUCAGUUUGGAAACAACAGAUUGGGCAAAAAUGUCAGGGGUCAUAUGAGUAUGUGCACAUAAGAAUAAUAGUUUAGAAGCCAUGGGUAGGGAACCUAUCCCCUGCCCCCCAAUGUUGUAUUUUAGCUCCCAUCAGGAUUUUAAACCUUACGGGUUUAAGGCUCCGGUUACUGAAAUCAACAUUGAGUGUUUCCCACCUUGGACAUGAUGGGGAGAUCUGUGGUUUAAAGAGAGACUGGAGGGUCACAGUGUGGGAGCUGGCACACCAGGCCCAAUACUGGUUCUCUGCUUACCAAGCCAAGAAUGUUAUGUCUGUAAUGGCCCACAGAUUACUCGCUUGCCAGGUUAUAUAUCCUGUUUUUCUAGCCAAAUGCAAAACUGGAAGCACCUAGCUGUGUCACCUUAUCUGUCAACAAGGAGGGAUUCAUAGGCCAAGGCUAACUUGAACCCGUGACCAGAGUGCUUCUGGGCCCAGUGCAAGUACUGGUGAAAUUGCUGACCAGCACCCAAUAGCACCUGUUGCAUUUUUUGUGCUCUCUUCAUGGGCAGCCCCACAUAAAGGCAUAGGCGACAGCAGUCAAGUCCCUUAUAUGCCAGCAGAGGGUGCAGCUCUGGGCAGGAAUGCCCAACUUCAUGAUGAAUAGGCACAGAACAACAAAUGGAAUCUGGAACAAAACGUUGCAGUGUGAAGUGCUUCUGUUCAUGGGGCCAGCCAACCAGCACUGCCUUCUUUCAAGACCUUCAAUUUCUGGUUUUCUUUUCCCCCUAUCUCCAGAAGGCAGUCAGCAUUCUUUAGCCAUUAAACAUCCUCAGCCCCUAUUGAGCUUUUUGAGGAGGGAUGCUCCCUUAGUUUCUUAGGGUAUUUUUUGUGCUUCUGUAAACCUUGGCGAGUCUCCUGAGCCUUCUGAAAGCUUCCUUUAGUGAGUGUGUGAGUGGUGCCAUUUUGGCUGCAUAAGAGAAAGCAGUCGGCCUUCGGAAAUGGAACAGUGGUGCAGGAGCUGAAAUAAUGUAUUCCACUGCACUGAUUUCAGAAUCCAAGUUCUUACAUUUCAGUCAGUAAAAUAACUGGGCUACGUAUAUUUAAAGAGGUAGAAAGCUCUUCUGGGAAAAAAUACUCAUCGAGGAGCAACUUGCAUGGUCCUUCGUUUGGGAUGGUCUCAUGCAAAAGUUCCUGGGUUCAGUUCUCAGCAUCUCCAAAUAAGGCUGGGAAAAACUCUUGUCUGGAAACUUGAAGAUCCACUGCCAGUCCCCAUAGACAAGCCUUUGCCAAGCUGGUGCCCUUCAGAAUGUGUUGGCUACAACUUCCCAUCAGCCAUAGCUGGUGUAGACAAUGUUGAGCUAGACCAGGCAUCCCCAAACUGCGGCCCUCCAGAUGUUUUGGCCUACUACUCCCAUGAUCCCUAGCUAACAGGACCAGUGGUCGGGGAAGAUGGGAAUUGCCCUGAAUAGUGUAGUCAGUGUGUGUGUGUGUGUGUGUGUGUGUGUGAGAGAGAGAGAGAGAGAGAGAGAGAGAGAGAGAGAGCAUGCGUGACUUUGCUUCAGUUGGAAGCCUUAACAAACAGGGAGGGAGAUGGGAAGCUCUAGACCAGGCAAAGGCAAACUUGGCCCUCCAGAUGUUUUGGGACUACAACUGCCAUCAUCCCUAGCUAACAGGACCAGUGGUCGGGGAAGAUGGGAAUUGUAGUCCAAAACAUCUGGAGGGCCGAAGUUUGGGGAUGCCUGAGCUAGACUGACCCAUGGCAAGGAUAGCUCUCUGGAUCUGAUUGAACAGCUCUCAUCAUCCCUGACUAGGCUAGGGUUGAUGAACCCAGGCCCUCUGAACCAGCCCUUCUCCCUGGGCCCCACUGAAUCUACCUCCUUACUGAAGCAGGUCUAGGGCUCUCUUGUCAACAGUCCUUCUUCCCAGGGAGCUCUGGGAAUUAUAGCGCUGUGGCAAGAAUAAAGGUCUCCUAACAACUCUCAGCACCUUUAACAAACUGCCCUUAGGCCAGGAUGGUGCCUAAGACUGCUAUUCCAGCUUACCUUGGGACCAGUAAGAGAUCUGCCAUGGAUCUGUAUUAGUUCUGAUGGGUAAUUUGGCUGCUGUUUAUGUGGCUAAGGUUUAAUUUAUUUAGUGCUUGGUGUCGGAUUUUAAGAUAAAGCCACCUUGUGGAUUGUCAGGCGAGACGGGUGGUUAACAGAAAGGUGGCACAAGAAGAAAAUAAAACUCUGGGUGUUGGGUCAACCUAAAGAGCCAUCUCAGCUGAUUGCCUCUGGUUCUAUAGGCUCCAACAGACUGAGCAGCCUCUUUGGCCUCCUGAGUUUAUGACACUAUAAUAACCUUGUUUUGUUGCACGGCUUGUAAUUUGCUUAACCUUUCCUGACUUGCUUAUCAAGUAUGCUCUUGCCAAUUCCUGACUAAGCGUUGCGUCUCAUCUCCUGCGGAGUCACCCUACCUAAUCAGCACGCUGGCUCUCGUUGGGUGACUUGGGUAUCCAAUAUCGUCUCUUUCAGAGCAAUAGUGGAGCCACUUCCCAGGCUGAAAUCCGCCAAGUUUAGGUGUCUGGUCGCCUGAUGGCACCGUUGCCUGUGGGAUCAGACAAAUUGAGACAAUCACCCUCUACUUCAGUCUAGAUAUUGUAGCCGGAGGAGGAUGUUGUUAUGGUUAAUUAGUUUUAAUAAGCCUUAGUUAUUAUGGAGGACAUGUUUUAAUAAACCUAAUCACCAUUCCAAGAUGCUUUAUCAUGCACUUUCUUUGUUGGCAUGUGCUGGGUAUCUCAGCUGGGUUUUGGUGUGUCUGAGCUUGAGCAACCUUGGACCAGUUGAUGGUCAGGGCAUUUGUGGAAAAGCAUGGAAGUUUUGUCUGCUUUUGUAGUAGUAUCUCAUGUGUACUUUGGUGAUAGGGAUCAGUUACAGUCCUUAAUUUUUCUUUAAAUUUUAGACGGGAGGAGGGAGAGUCAGUAUUUCCUUUUUUCCAGCUUCACCUGAAAUGUUUGUUUCAGACUCCGAGGUGCUUCCAUCUAUAAGGGACCUGUAAUACCAGGUACCUGGGUUCCCCCCUCUUUGCCUUAAAGUUUAUUAGAAUGCCACAUAAAAGUUCACAACAGUUUGUAUUAAAAUUACAAUCCCUAUACAAACACGAAGUUAACACAGGAAAAAGUAUAUGAACUGGAGCAUUAAACUUGCUGCCAAAUUAUCAGAUAAGAAUCUUGGAGAAUAGGAAGGGUCCUGCUGGAUCGAGGGCCAGCAUCCUGUUCUCACAGUGUCCAACAAGGUGCCUGUGAGAAACCGCAAGCAGGACCUGAGUGCAAGAGCCAUUUCCCCUCCUGUGCUUCCCAGCAACUGGUAUUCAGAAGCAUUACUGCCUCUGAACAUGGAGACAGAGCAAUAGCCAUCAUAGCCAGUAGCCACGAACUUGUACUCCUAUGAAUUUGUCUAAGCCCCUUUUAAAACCAUCCAAGUUGGUCAUGACUACUACCUCUUGUGGGAGCCUUCCAACAUUCAGCUUCGUCUUGAAUAUACUGUUGUGUGUGUUUUCUGUGGGGUUGAGGGGGGAGUGAAACAUCUAGCAAAGGGCAAAGAGCCGGCUUUUCCGUUCCCUGUAGCUACAGUGGAGGAAUCGGUAGCAGUACACAAGUUCUGCGUGCAAAAGUUCCCUGGUUCGAUCCCCAGCAUUUCCAGGCAGGCUUGAUAAAAGACUGUUGUCUGAAAACUUAAGAGAGUUGGUACCAACUGGUGUAGACCACAGAUAGGCAACCUGUAGCCUGCUAUGUUUCUCCCAAUGAACACAUCUUUGCAAGCAAUGUUAUUUAAUAUUUAUUAUUAAUUUAUUUAUUAAUCAAAUUUAUAUGCAGUACCACCCUUCACCCGUAGAUCUCAGGGUGGCUCGCAACCUAAAAAUACAACAUAAAGGACACAGAAUACAUAAUAAAAAUAGAACAAAAACAAACCAAUAAUCUCCCACGACAUAUUUAAAAGGGUAAGGGUAAAGGGACCCCUGACCAUUAGGUCCAGUCGUGGACUACUCUGGGGUUGCGGCGCUCAUCUCGCUUUAUUAGCCGAGGGAGCCGGCGUACAGCUUCCGGGUCAUGUGGCCAGCAUGACUAAGCUGCUUCUGGCGAGCCAGAGCAGCACACGGAAACGCCGUUUACCUUCCCGCUGGAGCGGUCCCUAUUUAUCUACUUGUACUUUGACGUGCUUUCAAACUGCUAGGUUGGCAGGAGCAGGGACCGAGUAAUGGGAGCUCACCCCUUCACGGGGAUUCAAACAACCAACCUUCUGAUCAGCAAGCCCUAGGCUCUGUGAUGUUAAUCAAUCAAAGGCCUGAUUGUCAAGGAUCAUUUUCACCUGGCGCCUAAAGGUAUAUAGUGAAAGCGCCCUGGGGGAGAGUAUUCACAAAAGGGGAGCCACUGCAGAAAAGGCCUGUUCUCAUGUGGUCACCCUCCAGACUUCUCAUGGAGGAGGCACAUGGAGAAGGACCUCAGAGAAUCAUCUCAUGGUCGAGGUAGGUUCAUGUGGAGAAAAGUGGUUCUUGAGGUAUUGCAGUCCUGAGCUGUUUACAUUUACAUUUCUAGGCAGAUUUUCCAAUAAUAUGCACAUUUUUAUUGUUGGAGAACUGCGUUGCAAAAUUUGGAGAAGUGUGGCUAGCUGCAUUUUGAUUUGCUUAUCGUAUGGGGAAGUCAAGAUGAGGCAGCUUCUCAGUAAAAUGUCAACUGAACAUACUCUCGCCCCCAUCGUUCUAUGAAACAAAAGGAAAUUAGGAAGUGGAGGCAUGGGGGUGGGUACAAAAAAGUGGUUGGUGGAGUUUUUAAAUGGUUAACCAAAAAUCAUUUAAUCAAAAAGUAAAGGGGAGCCUUAAACUACUUCUUUAAAGACAAGAGAUAAAAGCAUCUUUGCAUUGAAGGGGAGAUGGUUGGCAGAACAGACAAGGAAGUGGAGGCACUAAGAACUGUCUUGUUAAAAGUGUACAAAGUGAUUUACAGAUUAUUUUCUUAUUAUCACCACCCUGCUAGGUAGAUCGUUGCUGUAAUCAUUUUCUGAACUGGAGGCCCUCUUUCAGGUUGAUUCUUUUCCUUUCACCUGCAUUCAUUCUAGAUCAUGGGCGUAGCCAGGAUUUUUUUUGGGGGGGAGAACCUCAGUUAAUUAUGUAUUUUAUUGAUUUGGGGGGAUGGCAGCUGCCCCCUGACCCCCCUUGCUAUGCCCAUGUUCUAGAGUUUUAUAAAGCCAAUGUUGCUGGGCUUGGGUGAACAGACUGUGUAGGAUUUGUGCAUGGGUUUUGUGUCUUAACUGAGAAGGUGGGGACAUUUGGUUCAACUGCUGUGUCAGUGGGAGGCUGGAGGAUGAGAUUAAUCAGACAUCGAGAGGAGGUGGGUGGCAGAGGCAAAAAUCCAUAAUCUGAGUAUUUUCCUUUUGGGAGAACAAUCCGUUUGGGCUGACUUGCCUGUUUCCCAGAGGAGUCCUCUGUUUCAGCUCCCCACCCUCUUGGUGGAAACAAGUUGCAUCAUAGGGAAUUGGUCUGUGACGUGAUGCAUCUGUGGGCAGACACAAGACUAUUUAGGGAUGCAAUGUGUUAGAACAGGAAGCACAGAAGCCGCUGAGGAUGGGAAGUGAUCGGGCUUAAGUUCUGUCGUGAAGGCAGGCAAAAAGAAGCUACCCCACUCCAAGAGAAAGACCAAAAUCAAGGACAGAGGAGUCAAAAUCCCCCGGCAGUUGGGAAGAGGCCCCAGUUCCUUCAUCCCGGUGGAAGAGAUCCUACAAGAAGGAGCAGAGAGUGCCCAGCGGCGCCUCUUCAUUGAGGCCUUUGUUUCCACAGGCAGGGUGGAUAACAUUACCAUGGUGAUGGGGCUGCAUCCUGAGUACCUGACAAGCUUCUGGAAAACUCAGUACCUCCUGCUACGGAUGGAUGGGCCUUUGCCAUAUCACAAGCGCCAUUACAUUGCCAUCAUGGCUGCUGCAAGACAUCAGUGUUCCUAUCUGGUUGGCUUCCACAUGGGGGAGUUCCUGCAGGUGGGUGGGGACCCAGAGUGGCUGCGAGGCUUGCAGUAUGCCCCACAGAAACUGAGGAACCUCAACGAAAUCAACAAGAUCCUGGCCCACCGGCCCUGGUUGAUUACCAAGGAACACAUUGAGGUGCUCCUGAAGACAGGCGACAACAGUUGGUCUCUGGCAGAACUCAUCCAGGCUCUGGUGCUCCUCACACAUUACCACUCGCUUGCAUCCUUCGUCUUUGGCUGCGGCAUCAAUCUGGAGAUUGACCAGGAAGGAGGCCACGUCUUUCGGCCACCCUCGCCACGCAGUUGUGAUAGCAGUCCGGCCUCGGAGGAUGGAGUGAACAGUUCCAGUGGCUCAGAUGCUAUGGAGGAGGUGGAAGUGCUGAUGGAGAGAAUGAAGCUUCUGCAAGAGUGCCAGCUGGAAGAGGAGGCAGUCACCCAGGAGGAGAUGGAGACCCGCUUCGAGAUGGAAAAGAGAGAGAGUCUGCUUGUUACUCCCUCGGACAUUGCUGAACACUCCCUGCCCCCCAAUGUGAUGUGCUUUGUGGAGGACCCAGAAUUUGGAUACAAGGAUUUCACCAGGAGAGGAGAACAAACGCCCCCGACUUUCCGAGCUCAGGAUUACACCUGGGAGGACCAUGGCUACUCACUCAUCAAUCGCCUAUAUCCUGAUGUGGGGCAAUUGCUGGAUGAAAAAUUUCAGGUGGUCUACAACCUGACAUAUAACACCAUAGCCAUGCACAGUGGUGUGGACACAUCCAUGCUCCGGAGGGCCAUCUGGAAUUAUGUGCACUGUGUCUUCGGCAUUCGGUACGAUGACUAUGAUUACAGGGAGGUGAACCAGCUCUUGGAGCGCAGCUUGAAAAUCUACAUCAAAACCGUGGCCUGCUAUCCAGAGAAAGCCACCAAGCGCAUGUACACUCACUUCUGGAGGCAUUUCAAACAUUCUGAAAAGGUGCAUAUCAACCUGCUUCUGCUGGAGGCCCGCAUGCAGGCUGCCCUGCUGUAUGCAUUGCGUGCCAUCACCCGCUACAUGACCUGACGGGACUCUGCUCCCCUUUGCCGUCCCUAAGGGGGGCAGGCCAGCUGUUUAGGGGAGCCUCCCCCUCCCCACACAAAGGCGUGUUUCUGGACUACGUUGCGAAAGACACUUCUGUCACCUUGCUCCCCCUGUGACUUUUGGGAGAGCUGUGUGUGGCGUUUUUGACACUGUUCUGAGCAUCUCCUGCCAAGCGACCGGCCAAGGAGGGCGGUGCAGGAGACCAAACUGUACACGUGGGGUGAAAACCAACUUUGCCUAACCCCGGCUUUCUCGGCUGAGACUUGGGAGCCGUCCCCCUCCUGCUGUGUGGCUUGUUGGCUCUGCCACCAGCAGGGAAGAGAGGUGGUCAUGUUUGGAUGGCCAGGCUUCCGGCCUCCAUCUUGGAAGGCUCGUUUUGCCAAUGCCCUUUUGUUGGCCUGUUAUGUGUUGAAAUUGGUGGUGGCUUCCUGUUGUGGCUGCUCUCAGAUACCUCCCCCUACACACCCACCCCUACCCAGUAGGUGAUUAGUGCAAUGAAUGUUGGAUCUCGUGGCCAUGUCCUUUGCAACGACAACGCUGCUGGACCAGCUGAGGCAAAGACUUGAUUAACCAAAGAGAUCUCUCUGCCGCAAUGUCGGGCUUUCCUUUCUCUACCUGCUGCAGGACUUUGAAUGUAGGACUGUGAAUGUUCGAGGAGGUCACGCUUUGGAAGGUGGGGGGGUGGUGGUGGUGAGCCCUGAGAAUAAUAUGAAACAAGCAGUUUCCCCACUGCAAUUUUGGUGACUACACUACGUUUCUUAGUUUCCUGCCUGAGAUCACUGCACUCCAUAUGGCGACUGGCUUCAAAGAGGGUCACACGGGGCAAAAGAAUACCAGGUUGUGAUUAAGUUUGGCCAGAUUUUUCUUUUUCUUUUCACCUUGUCAAAGUGGGCAAAAUGCAAGGUUCUCUCUUGGCCAGGGAUGGAGAGAUCUCUCAGCUGAGGAAACCAGUUUUGGAAUAUACAGAUUCUCAAGGACCAGAUCCAGAACAGAAGGCUGCUGCAUCUGUGAAAAUCGGAGUAUAGAUAGGGAUGUCCAACUGUGCUUGCCUCCCUUUAAAAAGCAUCAUCUCCCAACUCGUGUGUGCGUGCAUGCGUGCAUUUAGGCUGUCUCACAGAUCCCAGAACUUGGGUGUUUAGCAUUUAUGGAGCUGUUAUUUUCUCAGCCUCCUGGCCCUGCCCACAAGUUCCUCUAUGUUUUGAUUAGGAAACAUUGGGCCCGCCUAGAUGACCCAGAGUUGGGGGCUGAACAGACAUUUUCAAAAGAGGUUGGCCUGAUCUGUUCGUGCAAUAGAAUAAAGUGGUAACACUUGCCAUGCAAUGCUCUGCACUAGUUUAGAUUGCAGGCGAGAGGUGCCAUUUUUAAAUGCUCUCCUACAGUAAAUAAAUGGAUGUCCCUGUAGGUAAAGAGCUAGCAUGAAAAAAAUGUGAUUCUUCUCUGGCUGCUGAAGUGGUGUGCUCCAUUCUCCCACCUCAUUCUCUUGCGUGUAUAGCGCAGACAGACCCUCACCUGUUGCCAAAACAGUCUCCAGAAAUGUGAACAUGUGGAAGUAUUUAAAGAGCACUGACCACUGGAGAGUGGAGAGCAUUUAAACAUCAUGCCUUAAUGUUACAUUGUGCGCUUUUCAUCUCUAUCUCAAGUUAGGAGGGUCCCCCCUUGCCAAGAAAGACUCCAUUCAGGCCCUAUGCUCCACACACACACACACACACACACACACACACACACACACACACACACACACACAAUGUUCUUCAUGUGUAUCUGCCCUAACCGAUUUCCCUGGUCAGAAAGUAGAUCACUAAACUGUGAAAAAGCAAACCUUAAAGAUAACUUUUCAAACAACAACACACCCUUGUUGGGUUUCUUAAGCUACUUUUCUCUUUCCCCCCCCCCAAACUGCUAACCCAUUAGUGGGUGUAGUUUUUUUUUACACUUCAAGAAGGAACUAAGUGUCCAUAAUUUCAAAAAGUUUUAAUACCUAAAGGUGGUGUAGAUGCAUAUCAAGUUCUGGCGCUUUCUCCUUUCAUAUUCACAAUCUUGAAUUUUUACCUCUUGGAUUGUUGCCAUGAAACUGCGUGUACCAAACCCCUGGAGUAUGCCCGCAAGAUUGUUUUGGUUGUUCUGUGUAUAUGUGCUGCCCCCCUCUUUUAAACUUUAGUCAUGAACAGCCUGUGUUGGCUUGACUGGUAAGAAGAACAGGAUUGUAGGGAGCAUUCCUGAAAUAUAUGAAAGACUGGCAUGGGCAGAAGUUGCUCAAGCUAGCCUAGUGUUCCCCAACCUGUUGCCUUUCAGAUUAUUUUGCGGUACAAUUCCCAUCAGCCUCGGCCAACCAAGCUGUGCAGACUAGGGUUGAUGGGAGUUGUAGCGCAGAGCAUUUGGAGGACACCAGGAAGGAUGAGAUAGGCGGGUGGGUGGGGGUGCUGACUGAAAGCUAGUGCUGCCUCUUUGACUUUGCCUCCCAGGCCUGAUUUGCUCAGGUCAGAGAGAGCCUGUAUUACCUCUGAGUUGGUUAUGCUGUAAAUAUGCCCUAGGAGCUCCCUGUGAUGAGUCCAGACUUCGGAAGUAUAUGCUACAAGCCUUAAGACAGGGGAUGGGGAACCUGCACCCCUCUGUAUGUUGCUGGACUCCCAACUCCCAUCAGCCGCCAGCCAACAUGGCCAAUAUUCAGGAAUGAUGAGAUUUGUAGUCUGGCAACACCUGGAAGGCCACAGGUCCCCCAGUUCCUGCCCUAGGAAAAGUAAAUAUAUCACAGAGCUGGCAUAGGCGGGGAAGCUAAAACAGUAUUUCGGCCUUUGUUGGUCAAAGAUAUGGUACACAGGAUUCAUUUGCUGGGGCCUACCUCAUAUGACUGGCUUUACAGCACACAAAUUGGUAUUUUAAGAUAGCCAACAUGGUGCCCUACAGACAUUGUUGACCAUUGGCCAUGUUGGCUGGGGCCGAUGGGUGUUGUAGUCCAUAGCUUCUGGAAGGCAGCACAUUGGCUGCCCCAUGGCUUCCCAGUCCAUCCGUGUCCCGUCCCCCCCAAUGCAGUAGAUAUGGUACAGAGCCUUGGGUUUCUCAAAUUUCCCCUGGUUGUGUAGAGUUCAGAAUGGUGUUGGCGUUUAUAUGCUGACUUUCAAAGCAGGGUGAUUAACAUGUGGCCGUCCACACACUCUUGGACUUUAACUCCUAUCAUUCCUGGCCCUUUGGCCAUGUUGGCUGGGGGCUGAUGGGAAUUGGGUCUUAGCGACAUCUGGAGGGCCACUGGUUAGCCACCCUUUUGUAAAUUCUCAAGAUACUAGUGAUCAUGGCUUUCCAGACUGACUCUGUAGAUGCCUUGAGAGACUGGAAAAGAUAUUCUUUCUUCUAACUGAAACACAUUGCUCCCUGGGUGGAAAAACAAAAAGGCUGGGGUUUAUGUUUGGCUGCUUAGUUAACUCUGCUUCAAGACACUGUACGGUCACUGUGUGUUUAACAUUCAUACACUUCCUGCACUGCAAAGCAAGACUUGUGGUGGUGUUUGUAGGCGGAGGGUGGGGCCUUGACUCUGCAAGGACUUAAACCUCUAGGCCGCACUCUGCAAGGACUCAAGGUUAAGUCAUCCCCCCUCGCUUUUCACAGGGGAAAUACAUUUGAAGUGGCUUCACCAGAGUAGCCUGCUGCUCAGCUUCCCUGGAGAAACAAAGCCCCCAUAAAGCAUAAUGGGUCGUUUUCUUUGCCCAUGGCAGUAUUGCACAUUAAGGCAGCAAAUGCACUGUGAAAUUCAAAGGCUAGCUUGGCCCGUGACUAAACUGAGCUGAGCAGGCCUCGACUCUUUAUUCAAGCUGGUUUUGAUCUUUUCCUCACUUCCUCCUGCCCUCCCCCCCUUCUUCCCAAGCCGGCUUUUUGAGCUGAUUUAGAUACUCACCACUUGUUCUUAAGAAGCGAAAAACCUGGUCCUGUCCGUAUCCAAAUGCAGUUCUGUUGAUUGAUUAUCAUGUGUCCCGUUUCAGGUGGGUCUUUCUUAGGAAAGUGCUGUCUGUUUCCACCUUGAGAGGUGCAGUGUGGGGCGGGGGAGCAGAGGGUCCCACAGCCUGCGGAGAGAGCAGGCUGUGUCUGUGACUUUAGCCUGAACGUGCCACUGCCUUUCACAUUUCUCCCAGUCUCUGUGCAAUGACCAUUCUCAAAUCUCAUGCCAUCAAGUAUACUUUAAAAAAAACAACCAAUCCAUGCACACCAUCAUUCUCCCUUCCCCCCCUCCCUCCCUCUCCCCCUUCCCCACCCCUCCAGCAAUACAGGCUUGGAUGCCUCUGGAACCUGGAUGGGACCUCUGCUCCGUAUAAGUUAUGUUGUGGUAUGUGUGUUUUUUAAAAAAUGUAUUUACUCUUGACUGUACCAGUGUUGUGACUUUGCUACCAGUUCUUGUUUGUUUUUUUGAGAAAUAAAGUUGCCUUUUGGUUUUUCCAAA